AUGUCGUCCAUCACUCCAAUAUCGCUCAAGUUUGUCGUUCAUGAAAAUGCUGACGCUACGAUAACAAUCGAUAACAAAAAAGACGCUGACUCCAUUGAGACAGGUACUGAACUUACUGACAUGAUCUACAAAGCUGAAUUACCUCGUUCAUUAUCCUUCUUUUCUGUACUUGGACUCUCGUUUGCUAUUAUGGCCGUACCUUUCGGUGAAUCAGUGACUCUUUCUAUUGGACUCAUAGAUGGUGGUCCAGUGACUAUCUUCUACGGUUGGAUAUUACUCACUAUCAUUUCAAUAUGUAUUGCUUCAAGUCUGGCGGAAAUUUGUUCAGCGUAUCCGACUUCGGGUGGUGUCUAUUACUGGUCCGCAAUGUUAGCAAAUGAGAAAUGGGCACCUAUUGCUUCUUGGACAACGAGAUGGGUAGGUCUUGUUGGAAAUUUGACAGUGACCACGUCCAUUUGCUUUUCCGGCGGACAAUUAGUAUUAUCUGCUAUUGGACUUUGGAAUACAACCUAUAUACCAGAUGCUUGGCAUGUCCUAUUGAUGUAUUGGGCAGUCCUUCUGAUAGCGUUGUUAACCAACAUCUUCGCCGCAAAAUACUUAGGUCUUAUCAAUACCAUCUGUGUUUUUUGGACGGGAGCUUCUGUUUUGAUUAUAUUAGUUACGCUACUAACUACGGCAAAGGCAGGAAGAAGAAGUGUGGAAUAUGUGUUUACUGAGUUCAAUGCAACAAGAUCGGGUUGGGCGCCAGGAUGGGCUUUUUUCGUUGGGUUACUUCAAUCUGCUUAUACCCUCACUGGCUAUGGUAUGGUGGCAGCCCUGUGCGAAGAAGUUCAAAGUCCAGAGCGAGAGGUGCCAAAAGCCAUGGUGCUUUCUGUUAUUGCAGCUGGAAUAACAGGUGUCAUUUACAUCAUCCCAAUUCGUUUUGUCAUGCCCGAUGUUGAUAAACUACUCUCUGUACCGAGAGGUCAACCAAUUGGAUAUAUCUUCAUGGAGGCGACAGGUUCAGCGGGUGUUGGGUUUUGUCUCUUGUUUCUUCUCCUUGGUAUUCAAUUUUUCGCUGGAACCGGUUCCAUGACAGCCGUUUCUCGAUGUCUUUACGCAUUUAGUCGAGAUGGUGCAGUACCAGGUUCGAAUAUCUGGUCAAAAAUAAACAAACGAUACGAUGUUCCACUCCAUGCUUUAUUGCUCUCAACUCUCAUCCAGGGUCUCCUCGGUCUCAUUUAUCUUGGCUCAUCAGCUGCAUUCAACGCAUUCACCGGCGUGGCUACAAUAUGUCUUUCUGCUUCUUAUGCAUUACCCGUUUUCGUACUUCUCUUUCGAGGACGUCAUCUAGUCGAUAAAGCUCCUUUUCAUCUUGGCAAAUUUGGCUAUGUUAUUAAUAUUAUCACAAUCCUUUGGAUUUUAUUAGCUAUCGUGAUAUUUAUGAUGCCAAUAGCAAUACCAGUUACGCCUUCAAGUAUGAAUUAUGCAAGUGUACUCUUCGUUUUCUUUGCUGGAGUCAGCAUUUUAUGGUAUAUCGUAUCAGGAAAUAAACAUUUCACUGGUCCACGCAUACUUCUGCUAAAAUAA